UUUUCUUUUAUUUUUACUUCAUUUAGAGAUUUCCUUGUCAUGCCUAGUUGGGAACUAAACUAAUGGCUGUCAGCUUCUCUCCAAUUAGCAUCUCAUCCUCCCCUCAAAUCCUCAAGAACAAAAAUCUCAGCUACUACACUUCCCCUUGACGUACAACACUGCCAGAACGAAAGUGGGAGCGCCCAAGCUUCACUUCAUGUCAGAUCAGGUCUUCAGUCUUCCCAGGACAGAUUGCGAGAGAAACAAUGACCCUCCCGCUUUGCCCACAUCCACAUGUUUAUCUAAAUUCAUUCUCAGCUUUACCAUUGAAGAAAAUAUCCACCAGAAAGAUCAGAAAUUCAAUACGUGCCUUAUCGACCACACCAUCUGAGAUGGAACAGCCGAUGAGAGGGCAGAGGUUAAUGGACUUUCCUCAUCUCUUGGCUCCUCACAAAGAUUUAAUGGUGGGUCUAAUCUCAGCCGUGGAUAAACGCCUUCAUGGUCAUCUCCUUCCUUCUUCAGCCUCAGUCCCUCCUGAUGCUGAAUACUAUCAGAACCAGAGCGGUGCUUCUCAAGGUUCUCUUUGCAUCAACCGUGGAGUCGAUUCCUCUCAUAUUGAUUUCAUAUUGACGAGUUGGCUACACUUGUCCUUACCAAACGGAGGAGCAAUGGACAUCACUAACAUCCAAGGCUAUCUCAAAUCUUCAACAGAUGCACCACAUUUUCAAUUCGAGCUGGUCCAAUGCAGCCCAACAUACUUCAUCUUCUUUCUUGAUUUAAUUCCAAGGAAAGACCUUGUUCUUCACCCAGAUUACCUCAAAACGUUUUAUGAAGAUUCUCAACUUGAAGCACUUAGGAAACAACUUGACACACAAGUCCUUGAAGCCAAACCCUACUUCUCAUCUUCCCUCUACUUUCGAAAUGUUGUUUCUCCCACAGGGAUUUUGGUUAGCAUAACAUGUGAGGACGGUGGAACGACGGAGCGUGCUGAAGAAAUUAUUCGCGACAAUAUUGAUCCCAUAGCUAAUGAGGUUCUUGAACUAUGGAUGGAUAGUUGUGUUUGUAAAGGAGGAACGGCUACUAUUGAGGAAAAUGAGAGGGAUCAUCUGGAGAAAAGAGAUCGAAUGAUAAAGAGUAGAGCAGUUGAGAUGGAUUUGAGCUCAAGCAUGCCUAUUCAAUUUGGACAAGAUGUGGCAGACAGAAUCUUGGGAGUUAUAAGAGGUGUUUUUAGGAUAUGAUCAUGUUUUCUUCAAUCCUUCUUAGUGAUCCAUGGAAGUGAAAAUUGGUGUAUGUUCAAAUCAAUCAAGAAGUUUAAAAGAAUUCAGUAGUCUUCAUACAAUAAUUGACAGUUAAUAUUGUAUUGAAAUUGGGAUUUAAAUUUCUGUAAAUAAGGUUAUUGCAUUUAAACAAAAAGGUAAGUUUCUUUAUUUUA